AUGUCUACCGUCAACCUUGGAACUGUCUUCAAGGGCUCCAAGUCCGGCAAGGUCGUCAAGGCGCAGGGCGGCGAGCGCACCAUCAACGCACGCGAUGUUGUGAUCGACAUCACCCACUCGGGUUUGUGCUUUACUGACAUUCACUACCUCAAAAAGGACAUGGUCCUCGGCCAUGAAGGCGUCGGCAUCGUCUCGCAAGUCGGUCCACAAGUCAAAAACUUCAAGAACGGCGACCGCGUCGGUUGGGGCUACAACCACGGCUCAUGCGGUACCUGGCAGUUUUGCAAAAACGGUCGCGACACCAACUGCUACCAGAACCAGAUGUACGCCAGCGCCGAUCUCGACCAGGCUUCGUUCGGUGACAAGUUUGUCAUCACCGAAGAAUUCCUGCACCUGAUCCUCGACGCACUCGAGCUCAAGCACGCUGCUCCUUUGCACGAGUUUGUCGCUGCCAAGAACAACCCCAAACUCGAGGGCGUCAAGCCGGUGGACUACCUCAUGGUCACCACGAGCGUGCAGCCCGACUGGAAGACCUACCUCAAGGUGCUCGAGAAGGACGCCACCAUCAUCCCUCUUUCGGUCGACGCCGGCGACUUUGUCUUUCCCUACAUGCCCAUCAUUGGCAAGCAGCUCAAGAUCCAGGGCUCGCUCGUUGCUACACGUCAAGUGCAUGCAAAGAUGCUCGAAUUCGCCGCUCGUCACGCCAUCAAGCCCAUCAUCGAGGAGGUCCCCAUGACCGAGGACGGCAUCAAUCACGCCGUCGAGCGUUUGAAGAAGGGCGAUGUCCGAUACCGAUUCGUCGCCGUCUCGCAGACCAACAAGGCUACCUCUGCCAAUCUCUGA